GCUUCAGAUUGGAAUUCAAAAGUUAACCCCUCAACAUAGAACUAAAAAAGCUGUUCCAAUCAGCGAUGCCAAAUGGUCUGAUCAAUGGCAAUUGCAAACAAGUCAAAAUCCAAGUAUGAAUGUUUACAAUGCGUGGGACAAAGGUUUCACCGGAAGUGGUAUUACCAUAGCAAUAGUGGAUGACGGUAUUGAUGUUGUUCAUGGCGAUCUAUCUGGUAACUAUAAUGCUGGGUUGAGUUAUGACUACAUAUAUGACAGUGUUGAUCCAUCACACGUAGGACCCAAUGAUGGACAUGGUACAAAUUGUGCAGGUGUUGUAGCAGCUGUCAAGAAUACGGUUUGUAUAGUGGGCGUGGCAUAUGAGGCUUCCGUACCAGCAAUACGUAUUUUAGAUGACACGUACUCUGUUACUGAAGCAGACGAAGCUUUAGCGUUAACGCACGAGCUCGCGAGCAUCGAUAUAUAUAGUAACAGCUGGGGUCCAAGCGAUGACGGCGAAACGUUUUUUUCACUAGCCAGUAUACAACGGGAAGCUUUACAAACAGGGGUGACUGAGGGUAGAGGGGGUAAGGGUGUGAUAUAUUCGUGGGCGUCUGGUAACGGAGGAGAUUCUGAUGAUUGUAAUGCCGACGGAUAUUCUAAUAGUAUUUAUACGAUAGCUAUUGCCGCCGUGUCGGAGACAUCUGCGCCGACUUGGUACUCCGAACAUUGUACAGCUAUUCUUGCCGCAACUUACAGUGGUGACUUCCCAAACGCACGAAUUGCAACAACAGGACCCAGUAACACCUGUGUGAAUAACUUCUCGGGGACCUCAUCAGCUUGCCCUCUAGCUUCCGGAAUAUUUGCAUUAACACUACAAGCAAAUCCAGCAUUGACCUGGAGAGACAUGCAGCAUAUGUUGGUUGAAUAUUCUAUAUCUUUAGGUCUACAUGCUGACGCAAAUUUCUACACGAAUGCUGCUGGUAAAACAGUAAGUCAUUGGUUCGGAUUCGGGUUAAUGGACGCUGAGGCGAUGGUGGACAACGCGCCAUCUUGGAAAAAUGUACCUUCUAGUACAAUCUGCACAUCGACACAAAUUAACGUGGAUAUAAAUUCAGUGACGUCAUCGAUAGUGAGCACGUACUCUGCCAGCCAGUGUUUCAUAAGCUAUCUAGAGCACGUGAUUGUUUCCAUAAGAUACAGUGCCUCGAGACGAGGAAAUGUUGAAUUCUUCAUUGACUCCCCGUCGGGUACCCGAAGUAAAAUAUUUAGAUCGAGAACUAAUGAUUUGUCGUCGUCGUCAAUAACCUGGGAUUUUAUGUCCGUUCAUACAUGGGGCGAAAACCCGAAAGGUGACUGGACAUUAACUAUGUCAGAUGCAGUCGGUGGAACAAGUAUGAAUCUUUAUUACUGGAGUAUACAGUUUUAUGGCACCGUGGCAGAUCCAUUAGCUGGAAUUCCUGCUGCUGGAGAACUUGGUGGUUCGUGCAUAGACUCCGCGGAAUGUAGCGCUAUCACAGAUGGUGGUUGUUUACAGGACGAUAAAAUCUGUGUCGUCUGCAACGACGGAUAUCACGUGAUUGGCAUAUAUUGUAAACAGGAUGGUCAAUUAGGCGGCUAUUGUGAUGACAGUGUCACGUGUGCAACCACUUCUCUUGAAUGUAUCAACAAUGUAUGCGAAGAAAAAGAUGAAGAAACUGACAAUACGCUACUUAUCGUGGGCGCCGUUAUUGGGGCUUGUGUUGGUAUAGCCCUGCUGGUUGGUGCUGGCUACAUUCUACACAAAGUUUGUUUUGGUGUUACAGCGACCUCUGUCGUCACACCUGCACCAUAUGUACGAACACCAGUAUAUUCAUUACAACCCCCGCCAUAUUCUUCAUCCGGGGCAGCUGCAAACCAACAACCCCCAACGUCGUAUGCACACCCCACAGUUUAACGCCGUAAAUAUAUCAAACAAAAGAAAAAAAGUUAAUUAUUAUUUAAAAAGUACAAUGAAUGCAAGGAUAACUUGAACGGGAAAAAUACGGGAGUAAUUAUAAAAGAAGUAAUCUUACCAAAUAUAGCAAUAGCAAUAUGAAGCACACAGCAAUAAGAAGGCAAAUAACUAUGUACAAUAUUAUAAAAUAAUUCCUUGUUUGAAAUCUAUAUUAUAACGAUUUAUUAAAUGAUCUAAAAAUAGCUGCAAUCUCAUUGGUCCAAACAGUAGUCAACAGAACUUUUUAUAAACUCAUAUUCACUGGGUGUAGUAUCAUAUUGACUGGCUCAAUUGGAUUUUCCCAGUGUAAAAAUAGAUUGAGACUCAUAUUCAAUGAUCAUACACCGUAGACUGAUAUUUAGGCGUGCUGAUUUAAAUAUAAUUGUUGCUUUUUGUUCUUUAUGGCAUAUUUCUCGAUUGAAAUAUCAUUACUUUUCUAUUAUACUAUAAGGCUACACUGCAAUGAUGAGUAUAAACUUGAAUUAUUUUUGUAUGCGCAGCGUUCGAGUACUCGUUGCACGCCUAACACGUGCGUCUUUUUUCCCGCGCUUCAACGAGGCAAAAUUUGUACAUGUAUAUAAGGUUGUACUUUGUGAUUUUUUUAUUAAUUAGACUAUUCAUAUAAUAAAACAAUUAUUGACUAGUGAGCCAUUAAAUAUGAUGUGAUAUUCACCGGCGGAAAGUCAUAUUGACCUCGGCUAUCGCCUCGGUCAAUAUGUCAUCUGCCGGUGAAUAUCACAUCAUAUUCAAUGGGUCACAAGUCAAUAAUUGUAUAAUAUAACAUUGUUUUAUAUCAUUCUAAUAUGAAAUUUUCAUUAUGUCGGAAAUCUGAAUUUAUAUCCCACCAGGGUAAUUUUAAGAUUCAAAAAGCGUUGGUCGAUUCAAUAUUUUCAUUAUUAAAUUUUACUUUUAUAUUUCUUGACACACCUACAAUCAAUACUGUUGAUAUUGUAUGUAUCAAAUACCAAUUCUUCUGCCCGAAAUAAGCUUUUUGAGCUUUCAUUUUCAUGUACAUUUGUACCAGCCUAGAAUUUUAUGUAAAUCUGUACACAAGUUGUAUGUUUUCAGCUAUUUUGUUUCAGUGUAAAUCAAAAGUAAAACAUGUAUAAAUAUAUCAUGUUUAAAAUUCUGAGUUACUUGAUAUUAAAAUAUGGCAGCUCAACUUUCUGUGAUAGCUAAAUGCUUACUGUAUGUGAUAUCUUGAUAUUUUCUUUGUAUAUUCAUUAAGUUCUUAUUUUGAAUACCUUGAAUAUGUAAAUUAUCAUUGUUUGAGUAUUUUACUGUUUGCUGUGUAACUUGCAAAUGUACAUAUUUAAAAUAAAACAAAAUAAAAUAACCAAUUAAAUAUAAGUGUAAGG